UCUCCCAACGGUGCUGCUGCUUCGCGAUUCCCGGCCGUUGCCUGCGCGCGCCCGCGGCCCAGCUGGACCAUGAGCCGGCCCAGCCGGCUGCAGAGGCAAGUUCUCAGCCUGUACCGCGAGCUGCUGCGCGCCGCGCGCGGGAAGCCGGGAGCCGAGGCGCGGGUGCGAGCCGAGUUUCGGCAGCACGCCUGCCUGCCACGCACCGACGUCCUACGCAUCGAAUACCUGUACCGCCGCGGGAGGCGCCAGCUCCAGUUGCUGCGCUCCGGGCACGCCAAGUCCAUGGGCGCCUUCGUGCGCCUGCGGGGCGCGAGCGAGGAGCCCGCGACGCCUGAGGAGGGUGAGGAUUCGAGGAGCCCGCUCGACGGCGUGUGGUCACCGAAGACCCCGCGGGAUGGACGGUGACAGGCUGAAGAGCUCACCGGAUGGCGCAGGGGGACGGUGGGGCGGGGGGCGCUUGUCUGCGUGGGUGGUGGGACCGGGGAACCCACCUGGUGGGAGGUGAGAAGUGUUGAGAGACUAGCUCUGUGGAUUGAGGUAAUCGGAAAGCCCUCCUGGCGACGUAGGGUCCAAAGACCACUAUGAUGGAUGACGAGAGAUGCUUGACCUCGUACGAUUCGUGGUAACUUGUCGGACUCCCUCAGGAGAGCUCGGGGCGGCCUGGGUCGCCGGCUGGCUGGACUGUGUCAAGCUGAGAGCUACUUAACUCUAAGGCAUGAGGAGCCAGGACGCCCCCCACUGGACCAAAAGAGACUGAAACACCCUCUCUUGACCCCUGGCUCCUGAACUCCUCUCUCUGUAUUUAACUGAUAACAGCGGACUUUUUUUGCUGAGGAAUUUGAGAAGAUGCCCUGAUGGACGGUGAGAAGCCCCAAAUCUCUUUGGAAAACUUUCACCCCAUUAAUUGCAACAGCUAGGACUGGUGAGGAAAGGGCUAGGGCUGCUAUCCCGGCUGAUCAUUUAAAGAACCCUCAAGACCUCUACACCUACUGGUUCUGAGGGGAAGCCCUGACUCCUGCGCCCUUCCACCCUCAGGACUGCCGAACAAAGGGAAUAAAGUUGGGGAUGUCCUUAUUUCCCUGUUGGUGAUCUUAAAGAUUUUAUGUGUUUGAGGAUUUUUAAAGAAACCCACACAUGCCAAGAAGUGAACGUCUGGGAGGGAUGGGUGAUGGGAGCUGUCUUCCCCUCUGGAGCCCCUAGAUUGGCAGGCUGGUUGAAGCAGCAUAGAUCUCUCCCCUGGGCAGAUUCAUGGGGCCCACACUGGUUUGACCCCAAAGAAACACCAGUUGACUCCUUAAUGGGGAGUAGUGAGGCAGGAGAGGAGAUGGUGGAGCUGAGACCUGGCUGGUAACUUCUGAGGCAGUGGGGGUCUCAGACCUGGUUGAGGAGUCCACCCUCAGCAGCAAGCUGGGCUUUUUGUCAGCAAGGCCCAGACGUGGGGGAGGAGAGAUGGACCUAUAGGCCACAGGCAGGCCCCCUCCCAUGUCCCAGUAUGGACUUGUUCUGGACAUUCUUUGGGGUACUGCAUUUGCAAUCCUGAGCUGUAUUUGCACCCGGGUCGGUUAAAUAAGUGGGAAACAGAUGAAUUCUUAGCAGAUGAAGUUGAUAGGAGGAGGAGGACCUUAGGAAAGGAGCCCAGACCUUAAACCAAAGGGAGGAUGGCAGAAGAGAAAGUCUCUGUCCUAAUCCCAGUGGGGGUGGCAGGUACCCAAUAGUUAUAAAGUGGGGUUGAAAUUUGAAGAAUUAUAAGGACUUUGCCAGAAGGUAGGGAUAGGCUUCUAAGCAGGAGGUCCAGUGUGGGCAAAGGCCUGGAGGCUUUAAGGGGGAGAAAUGCAGGGUCCCGAGUGGGACCUGGCAUGCCCCAGGGUACAGGCUGUUUGGCUUCUAGUUCUGCUUUGUUUCUGGUUAGUACUCACCUUACCUCUCAGGACCUUUGUCACUUUGUUCAUCUCUUAGCCUCAGUGUUUUUCAUCAGGGUAAUCCUGUUAACCCUGCCCUGGCUCUAUCUCAGAGUAAAAACUAAAGUCAAAAGUGGCUAAUAGGGUCCUACCCAUCCAGCCCCCAUUAUGUCUCUUCUGCAUCUCCCACCUCUCCCUCUCGCUCACUCUGGACUCCAUAUCUUGCGCCCUAACAAGCUUCAGGACUGGAGAACUGUGAGAAAUAAAUUUCUAUUAUUUAUAAGC